CACCCUAGCCCUUCUAGGAGCUGCUGUGUGGCCUAGCAGAUGAAGUCCAAAUACCUUAGCAUGAUGUGUCUGGCACCCUAGGGUCUGGUGACUGUCUGCUGUCCUAGUUCUUCUCUGCCCUGCGCUGUGUCCUCCAAAUCCUUGCCUGCUGUCUGACUGAUUCAGAACUCUGUUUUUCUGACGCACCUUCUGCUGACCAGGCUCUUUGUGCCUUGUACCAACAUUGACCCCUUUCUCUUGUCUCGUGUCACCUUCCACACGUCUCUCAUGGCCUCAUCAGUGGCCUCCCUGGUUUCCCUGGCCCCUGGUCUGGUUGAGGAAUGUGUCUCUUGACUCUUUAUCACAUCGUGCUGUGCCUGACACCAGAGGCACCAGUGAGCAUCUGUCUCAUGAAUGAAGCAACAGAGCGGAGCAUCUCCUGACCCCCCUCGCUACCUUUGAGCUCCUGCCCUUUCCUGAGCCUGUAGGCCUCUGACUGCUCACUCUGCCUUCAUUCAUUCUGGGUGUCCUGUGCUCACUUCCCUGCUUUGCAUUUACUCUGGCCAAUCAGCAUUUGUUGAAUUGAACCCAUAUCCUGGUCCUGUUGCAAUCCCAGAGCUGCGUGAUGAUAGGACGGAUUCUAGUUUGCCUCCCAGCAAAGAUCCAGAAUUACCCAUCCUCUCUUCUGGCAGCACAAAGCCCCCAUUUGUCCAGCAGGAGGUUGAAUACAGUGUAUUAUUGUUGGCGGCUGCAUUGGUUCCAGUGCAGGGCGUGGAGUUUCUCCGAGACAAACACAGGAAUACUCAGAGAUGUGAGCAGUGUCUCUCAAGCCCAGGGUGGAACGGCAUGAUAUGAACACCCUGAGUCUACCCCUCAACAUCCGCCGAGGGGGGUCAGAUACCAACCUCAACUUUGAUGUACCAGAUGGCAUCCUGGACUUCCACAAGGUCAAACUCAGUGCAGAUAGCCUCAAACAAAAAAUUCUAAAGGUAACAGAGCAGAUAAAAAUUGAGCAAACAUCCCGGGAUGGCAAUGUUGCAGAAUAUCUGAAGCUGGUCAGCAGUGCUGACAAGCAGCAGGCCGGCCGUAUCAAACAAGUCUUUGAAAAGAAGAAUCAGAAAUCAGCUCACUCCAUUGCCCAGCUGCAGAAGAAGUUAGAACAGUACCAUAGAAAGCUCAGGGAGAUUGAACAGAAUGGAGCCUCCCGAAGCACAAAGGACAUUUCCAGAGACAACCUGAAGGAAAUCCAGCACGCCCUGAAAGAUGCCAACGCCAAGUCCCGAACAGCUCCCCACAACAUGGAGAGCAGCAAAUCCAGCAUGCCGGGGGUGUCCCUCACUCCUCCUGUGUUUGUCUUCAAUAAGUCCAGGGAGUUUGCCAACUUGAUCCGGAAUAAGUUCGGGAGUGCCGACAACAUCGCUCACUUAAAAAAUUCCUUAGAGGAGUUUAGGCCCGAGGCUAGUGCCCGCGCCUACGGGGGCAGCGCCACCAUUGUCAACAAACCUAAGUAUGGCAGUGAUGAUGAGUGUUCGAGCGGCACUUCCGGCUCCGCAGACAGUAAUGGGAACCAGUCCUUCGGGGCGGGGGGGACGGGCACGCUGGACAGCCAGGGGAAGCUCACCAUGAUCCUGGAGGAGCUGAGAGAGAUCAAGGAAACCCAGGCACAGCUGGCUGAGGACAUCGAGGCACUGAAGGUGCAAUUUAAGAGAGAAUAUGGUUUUAUCUCUCAGACCCUCCAAGAGGAGAGAUACAGGUACGAGCGACUGGAAGACCAGCUCCAUGACCUGACCGACCUGCAUCAGCACGAAACAGCCAACCUGAAACAGGAGCUGGCCAGCAUUGAGGAGAAGGUGGCCUACCAGGCCUACGAGCGGUCACGGGAUAUCCAGGAAGCCUUAGAAUCCUGCCAGACUCGCAUUUCCAAGCUGGAGCUCCACCAGCAAGAGCAGCAAGUCCUGCAGACCGACACCAUGAAUGCCAAAGUCCUCCUGGGGAAGUGCAUCAACGUGAUCCUGGCCUUCAUGACCGUCAUCUUAGUGUGCGUGUCCACCAUCGCCAAGUUUGUCUCGCCCAUGAUGAAGAGCCGCUUCCACAUCCUUGGCACCUUCUUUGCUGUGACUCUGCUCGCAAUAUUUUGUAAAAACUGGGACCAUAUUGUGUGUGCCAUAGAAAGGAUAAUAAUACCUGGAUGAAGCCACUGGUUCCAGUUCUCAAAAUCUUUCAGAUUCUUAUUUUAAUGAAAACUCUGUGCAUAUUACCAAAUUUUUUUAAUGAACGUUUGUGCCAAUGGAGGAUUCCAAGAAGGCCUGGGCUGCGCGUUGUAAAUAACCACAAUUCUCUUAAAUCAGUAGCGGUCGCCAGCUCAGUCCCUGUACUUGGUUAAUGUGAAUCUGUUUCAAAGCCCUCCCUUCCUUGCUCACUGCCUUAAUCAAACCAGAUUUCCUGCCCACCUGACUAGCACAGCUUGGCAAACCUCUGGUUAUUGAGCACUUGGCAUAGUGGCCCAGAAAGAAGGGAUUUUAAAUCUCUCUCACAUCUGUCAAAAUUGAACUUCACUGUUAGUGACUGCCUUUUCCCUGAGUCCGGUAAGCACCCAGGAGGUAGCAGGACUGGGCAAGGGAAGAGGCACAGGUGUGACUGUGCUGAGCACCUGUGACCUAUGAGAGCACAGUUCAUGCCCUGUGCCCCAUUCCACUGGUCCCAGGUGACCAGAGGUUCCCUGUGCACCCAUGUCCGUAGUGGCUAAUUGUAUGUUACUGUCUAUAACGUGGAACUCUUCUAACACACCUGUUCACCCAUCAGAUGUCUAACUGGGUAUUGUUCUGUUGCACUUUAAAUGAUAAGACACAGGAUUUAUGAAUGGGGCUUUUGCCGCCUUAUACCCAAGGAGCCCCACACCCGAAUUGCCUGCCCAUUGAAUGCCCUGCCUUCAAAGUAUGCAGAAAUGCUUCCAGAUCUCUCAUCAAACUGUGGCUUUAACAUUCAUUUGGGGUCUGGUAAACACUAGCCGGGGAGUUUGUUUCAGCAAAUCUGAACUGUGACAAACCCCCUUGGAGGAUGGGAUGCACUUUAUUCCCUGUGGGGGCUCGCAGAGCUUACUCAGUAAACAAGAACAAGCGUUGCUCGCAUUGAAGGGGUCUUUUCUAAGGACAGCAGAAUCAUAGUGUGUAAUGCUGCAGUGCACUGAGGCAGGAAUGCUGGAAACAGGUGGAAAUUAGGACCCUAAAAGGACCAGCAAGAAUAAAAUAAAUUUGACACAGUGUCUAACCCCAGAUGGCACAGUGUCUUACUGAAAUAGGUUCUAAGGUGUGAGAGAAUGCGCACACUUCCCAGAAGUUAACAUCUGGGGCCUGCUUGGCAGAUGCCAGUCAUUGUCUUCAGCCCAGAGGAUACUUUUCUUCAAAUUUCUUUCUCUGUGUACAUAUAAAAAGGAAGACAUCUGGGAGAUUUGAAUGCAAAUUGUUGUUCAGCCCCACCUCCUGCCAACACUGUCCUUUGCUGAUGGCGUAGAUGUAUGUUAGUGUACAUUUUCUUCUGGAAGACAUCAAAAUCACCUGAUAUAAAUUAGGUGUGAUCUUUUACAAAUAGCUGCUUUUAGGGAAAUUUCCUGCAACAAUGUGACGAUGUGCUCUGGUUUGAGAGAGUGGAAUAGUUGAAUAUUUGGUAGACGUUUGGUGUGUGUGAGAGACUCAUACAGCUUAAGCCUUCUAUUUUAAGUUUACAAUUCAGUGGUUUUCGUGCACAAACUAUCAACUGUCAUUCCUAUCUAGCUCCAGAUUCAAGCUUUUCAAAACCAAUUAAAAAGUUUCUUUAAAAUCUCGGGUUAUCAAGUAUUUUGGAUUUAAGAAAGAGGGAGUUAUAUUCCCAACCCCCCUCAUGGCUGGCAGACACCCCCUUGGUCUCCCAACGUGCCUAUAAAUACACUGUGAUCCAUCAAAUCAAGGGGACAGAAAUGGAGUCCAGGGAGGAGGGGGGAAUGGAAAGUCUGCUUCCCUGUGACUUGUCGUUGUCGUGGCCAGCCCGACCUGUUCCCCUUGACCUGUGGGCAUCAGCCUCCACGUGGGCUGGAGACUGAUUGUAACAUAUACCCUGGAGUCCACCAGGGCCUGGGGUAGGCUCCUCUUGAUCUCUGAGUCUUUCUCAGGUACCUUGGACAUGCCAGGGGUCAGGGUAGGUGUAGAAGCUGCUUUUAGAAUGAGAUUGCUCGAGGUCAAGACUCUGAGGCAGUCCAAGGAUGCUCAGGCCUCCUGGUGCCACCACACUCCACCUCCUUGCUCAGCCUAACAGGUUUGCUUUGCUAAAUCCCAGGCUAGUGGUCAGUGUGUCUUCUUCCCAGAGAGAGAAGUAGAGAAGAAAAUGGAAAAAGCAUAGCUCUCCUCCUCCAGUCUGCAGCUGUCAACAGAAACUUCUAGAAACUGUCUCUGUUCUGAAUAUGGUAAGGACCUAAAUCAUCACACCUGAUCAUAAAUUCUUUUCAAAGAAUUCAGAUUUCUAGUGAUUCUCAUUAGAUAUCGAAUAACUUUUCAUUUUGAUAUGAUCAGCCUACAUGGCGUAUUUAUUUUAGUGUCUUGUUGAAAGUUCAUGAAGCUUUUUAAUAAGAUAAUACACUCUGUGGAGACUCUGACUCUCAGCAAUUUAUCCUUUCCUAAUGAGGAAACCCUCUGCUAGUUGUUUGCUACAUAAGGAGAUUAAAUAAAAUUUUAUAAAUAUUCCAUUAAAAAUAGUGAUCCAACUAGAACAUAUCCUAGAAUGAGAUUUUUUAUUUACAUGUAAGUCAGCUAAUCCUUUUCCCCCACUUUCAUUAGUAGUAAACAUCUUGUUCAUAGCUGAAGAGGAAAAACAGCUGUUACUGAGGGAUAUAGGAUGCUCAAUUCUAGCUCUGGAUUUUGUCUAUGUAUGACAUUACUUUCAUGAUUGCCAAGAUAAUAAGAGUGUGCUGGGGACAAAACAAAAACUUUAAAAUGCUCUUCUGUGGGAUUUGAAUUGGUGAUUCCAACUUUUAUUUUGAGUAUGAUGAAACCAGAACAAAACAUUUUCCCCUCCUAACCCCCCACUCCCCCCUCAAAAUUUGAAAACCACAAUGAAACAGUAACUAAAAGCACUCUGUUGAUUUUGGCCUGGCUAGUCCCAAGUUUCCAGCAUGUACUAUUAGUGGUUUUGCUUGUAUGAUUUCAUCUGUAGGGUGAAAGCUCCUGAAUCGCCACCCCAUGUCAUUUCAUCUCAUAAUGUUACUGUCUCUUGCUGUCAAUUAGCAUCCAUGUGGUUUUAGCCCUUCUCCUGCUUUGUCAUUUCUUUUCAUUUAAAUGUUGCCCUUAUGUGUAUGUUUAUGGCUUUGCCUUAUUUCUAGCAUAUCAGGUCUCAUUAUGAGUCCAAUAAAGAUGGUGGGGGGCUAGAUUCCUUUUGUAUUAUUUGGUUGGAUGUUAGAUACCAAAAUAUUUUGCAUCAACUGGGAAUAUUUUUGUAUUGAACCCAAAUAUAGUUAUAUUGGUUUGGAAAAUAUUUAAAUAUACUUACUAAUAUGAACAUGUGUGAUUAAACAACCUAUUUUGCGUACUUAAACUUUUGAGGAGGAAGAAAUUUUUAAUUAUUGAGUGUUAAAAUUAUUAUUUUAAAUACAGGGCUAUAUCUGUAGAGAGGUGUUUCAAGGAAAAGUUUAGCCCAUGUGCUAAAGAAGGAAUUGGUCUUAAAAGAUAAAUCACUGGAAAAAAAGAAAAGAGAUUGAUCUACUUACAUCAAAAGUAGUUGAAACAAAAAAUGGUACAGUUCACAAGAGUUUGGGAACCCAUGGAUACAAAGCAGAAUGAACCUUAUAAUUGUCUGAAGUCUCUACAAUUCUCUGUUUAUAAGAAGCUGGGAAGAAAUGUACCUUGAUUGUUUUAGGGAUGAUCUGUGUGUUGCAAUGCUAAUUUAUUUAAAGCCUAUCUGCAUUUGUCCUAAGAGGAGUUUUCCAACAAAAUGUACUCUGUUUAAGCUCCUUUCGGCAGUUGUUAGUUAACAACUCUGAAAGUAGAAACUGGAAACAUGUACUGUGAGAUCUGUUGCAGAAUUUCCAUUUUGUGGAAUACUGUGUAGUUCCAUGUCAGUCUAAAAUUAUAAAUUCUCUGUAGAUCUUCACCCCAUUGAAAGCAGGUGCCAUUAUUUUUUUUAAAUAAACACUUGAUGUUAGCUUUCACAUUAAAGAGCUAGAUUUCUUAAUUUUUCAUAUUUGUCAGAGCCCAUCUCAGUAGCAGACUUUGUGUGUGUGUGUGUGUGUGUGUGUGUGCAAUCAAAUUUUAAAAGUAGA